GUCUCUUUUUGCAGCAAUGAGAGUGGGAGCUAGGACCCUGAUUUGGCAGCUAAGGCCAAGGCUUGUUUUAAGAAAAUGGCAGACAAACUGGACAUGGGGAAAAUUGCCAGCUUUGAUAAGGCUGAGCUGAAGAAGACAGAGAUGAAGAAGAACACCUUGCCUACCAAAGAGACCAUUGAACAGGAGAACCAGGGUGAAAUUUCUCAAGAUCCUGGAAGAUUCCCCACCCCUACUGUCAUCUUUGGGACUCCAGUAGUGGAGAAAAAGCUACCUGCAAAAUGGACAUGAGCGACAAACUGCACUGUGAACCCAGAUAUUCUGUGCCCAUGCCAUUAGCCUGUGGGUC